AUGACGACAGCUGAGUUGGGUUUGGAGGAUGCACACAACUUGAUAGCGAUACUUCAGAAGCAGCUAGACGAGCUUGGAAAAACCAGCCACGAAUAUGAACAAGAACUAGAGGAAGUUAUUCAAAAAUUGGAAUCUGAAUUGAUAGAAAAAGACGACAAGAUACUACGUAUGCAACGGGGAGAAGCGCGAAAAGAUGCCAACGAGCAGAUUACGACUCUGGAGAUCCAAGCAGAUGAGCUCGAGGCCGAAAAUCGAAUAUUGAGAAGUCAGUUGAAGGAGUCCAAGGCAGAAAAUGACAGGUUGGUGGAACAAAACGUACUUCUCGAGCAUGAAUUGACAGAUCUGCGAUGUUUGCGACAAUCUGCGGUUGAUGAAACUAAUAAAAAAUAUUCAGAGAGACAACCUAAUCUGCACGAAGCUGCAGACAUCGAAGAGGAACUACCGAGAACAUCAAAGAGCCCUAACAAUUGCGAUGUUUUCAAAGUAAGCACCAACCAAUCCUCGCUGCGACUGUCGUCUCACAAAACUUCAGCAGCCCUUCGAGCUACAUACCUCAGCAGCACGAGUGUGGUAGCGACCACACGGCACAAGUGA